GGGGGUGAGGAUAGCGGCGGCGGCGCCCGCGGCCUGGAGGGGGUGUGGGGGGAGUAGAGAAAGCGGGGCGCGCUGAGGAGCGCUAGGUCCCCGGUGCCGCAGGAGCUGGGAGGACCGAGCCGCCCGAGCAAGCAGCGCGGCAGCAGUCCCCGCGUGGCGCAGCGCGGCGGGGACGCGGGGACCGCCCGGAUCUCCCUCCACGGCGCCCCGCGCUCUGCUGUCCUCGGCCGCCUCUUCUUCCUUCACUCACAGCCCGGGCGGGAGCGGCGCCCAAGUCGGUUGCGCCAUGUCCGGGGCCGGGUAGCCCCGCCGCCCGCCGGCCCGCCAGCUCGCCCUCCGAGCCACCCGCCAGCGGGCCGGCCGGCCGGGAAGCGCGGGGCAGGCAGAUGCAGUGAGUGAGGGGGGGGCCAUGGCGGAGGAGCGGCCCCCCCGGCUGGUGGAUUACUUCGUGGUAGCUGGGCUUGCAGGGAACGGAGCACCCAUCCCUGAGGAAACGUGGGUUCCCGAACCCAGUGGGCCCCUGCGCCCUCCCCGGCCAGCUGAGCCCAUCACAGAUGUGGCAGUCAUCGCUAGGGCACUGGGCGAGGAGGUGCCCCAGGGCUACACGUGCAUCCAGGCUUCCGCCGGGGGCCACCCCUUGGAACUCAGUGCUGGGCUUCUGGGUGGAACUCAACCCGUCAUCUGCUACCGCAGGGGUCGUGACAAGCCCCCCCUCGUUGAGCUGGGGGUGUUGUAUGAGGGGAAGGAACGUCCCAAGCCCGGCUUCCAUGUGCUUGACACGACACCCUACAGCCACUCAGCAAACCUGGCCCCUCCAGGCCCCGGGCACCCCCGCACCUACCUCACUUACCGGCGGGCAGCAGAGGGGGCAGGGCUGCAUGCCCUAGGCAUCACUGACCUCUGCCUGGUGCUGCCCAGUAAGGGCGAGGGCACUCCUCAUACUUACUGCCGGCUGCCCCGCAACCUCAACCCUGGCAUGUGGGGCCCAGCAGUGUACCUGUGCUAUAAGGUGGGCCUGGCGAAGGCCAACACGCUGGUGUACGAGGCAGAGCUGCUGGGCCGCUACCCGGAGGAGGACAAUGAGGCGUUCCCGCUGCCCGAGUCAGUGCCCGUCUUCUGCCUGCCCAUGGGGGCCACUAUCGAGUGCUGGCCUACCCAGACCAAGUACCCCGUGCCCGUCUUCUCCACCUUUGUGCUCACGGGUGCAGCUGGUGAUAAGGUGUAUGGUGCCGCCCUGCAGUUCUACGAGGCGUUCCCGAGGGCCAGGCUGUCAGAGCGGCAGGCACGGGCACUGGGCCUGCUGAGCGCCGUGGAGCGGGGCCGGGCACUGGGGGGCAGAGAUGUGCGCAGCCGGCGCGCCAUCGCUGUACUGUCCCGCUGGCCUGCCUUCCCUGCCUUCCGCGCCUUCCUUACCUUCCUUUACCGCUACUCCGUCUCAGGCCCCCACCGCCUGCCCUUGGAAGCGCACAUCUCCCACUUCAUUCACAACGUCCCCUUCCCUUCCCCACAGAGACCCCGCAUCCUAGUGCAGAUGUCUCCCCAUGACAACCUGCUCCUCUGUCAGCCGGUAUCCUCACCCCUGCCCCUCAGUGGUGCCAGCUUCCUGCAGCUGCUGCAGAGCCUGGGCCCUGAGCUGGCUAUCACACUGCUGCUGGCUGUGCUCACAGAGCAUAAGCUGCUGGUCCACUCGCUGCGGCCAGACCUGCUCACCAGCGUCUGUGAGGCCCUCGUCUCGAUGAUCUUCCCACUGCACUGGCAGUGCCCCUACAUUCCGCUGUGCCCGCUGGUACUGGCAGAUGUGCUGAGUGCCCCCGUGCCAUUCAUUGUGGGUAUCCACUCCAGCUACUUUGAUUUGCAUGACCCUCCUGCUGAUGUCAUCUGUGUUGACCUUGAUACCAACACGCUCUUCCAGACUGAGGAAAAGAAGCUCCUCUCCCCUCGGAUCCUGCCCCGCAGACCCUACAAGGUUCUGCUGGCCACACUGACAAACCUGUACCAGCAGCUGGACCAGACAUACACUGGACCUGAGGAGGAGGCGUCCCUGGAGUUCCUACUGACAGACUACGAGGCAGUGUGUGGCCGCCGGGCCCGGCUAGAACGUGAAGUCCAAGGAGCCUUCCUCCGCUUCAUGGCCUGUCUGCUCAAGGGCUACCGAGUCUUCCUGCGCCCACUCACCCAGGCCCCGUCCGAGGGAGCUCGUGAUGUUGACAACCUUUUUUUCCUGCAGGGCUUCCUCAAAUCCCGGGAACGCUCCAGCCACAAACUUUACUCUCAGCUGCUGCACACACAGAUGUUCUCACAGUUCAUUGAGGAGUGCUCUUUCGGCUCUGCUCGCCAUGCUGCCCUCGAAUUCUUCGACUCUUGUGUUGACAAGGUCCACCCAGAGCAGGAGAAGCCUGAGCCGACACCCUUAGUGGAGCUUGAGGAGCUGUCAGGAAGUGAGCUCACUGUCUUUAUCACACCUCCCGAGGAGCCUCCCGUACCAGAGGGCAGUGAUUCCACUCCCCAGUACUGCUACGAUGGGUUCCCAGAGCUACGGGCUGAGCUGUUUGAGUCUCUUCAGGAGCAGCCUGGGGCCCUGCCUGUGCCGGGCCCUUCCCGUAGUGCCCCCAGCAGUCCUGCUCCUCGCCGUACCAAACAGGAGAUGAAGGUUGCACAGCGGAUGGCACAGAAGUCAGCAGCUGUGCCUGAGCUAUGGGCCCGGUGCCUGCUGGGGCACUGCUAUGGGCUGUGGUUCCUCUGUCUGCCCGCCUAUGUGCGGUCGGCGCCCUCCCGGGUACAGGCCCUGCACACAGCCUACCAUGUGCUGCGCCAGAUGGAGAGCGGCAAGGUGGUGCUCCCUGACGAGGUGUGUUACCGGGUGCUGAUGCAGCUCUGCUCACACUACGGGCAGCCUGUGCUGUCUGUGCGGGUCAUGCUGGAGAUGCGGCAAGCAGGCAUUGUGCCCAACACCAUCACCUAUGGAUACUACAAUAAGGCUGUGCUGGAAAGCAAGUGGCCGUCUGGCACACCAGGUGGGCGCCUGCGCUGGGCCAAGCUCCGGAAUGUUGUCCUGGGGGCUGCUCAGUUCCGCCAGCCCUUGAGAGAACGGCGACAGCAGCAGCAGCAGGAGCAGCAGCAGCAGGAGCAGCAGCAGCAGCAGGUGUCAGCUCAGCAAGACGCAGGCAGCUCCCAGGCCGAGCCCUAUCUGGAGCGCCCUUCCCCUACUCGCACCCUUCAGCGCCAGACUACUUGGGCUGGGCGAAGUCUGAGAGACCCGGCCUCACCCCCUGGGCGCCUGGUGAAGAGUGGUAGCCUGGGCAGUGCCCGAGGGGCACAGCCCACUGUAGAGGCUGGUGUGGCCCACAUGAUAGAGGCCUUGGGGGUCCUGGAACCCCGGAGAUCACCUGUGCCCUGGCAUGAUGGAAGUCUCUCAGACCUGAGCCUGACAGGGGAAGAGCCAGUCCCUGGAGGCAGCCCAGGUGGCUCCGGCUCAGCCCUGAGUGCCCAGUCCACUGAGGCCCUGGAAGGGCUGAGUGGGCGGGGACCCAAGGCUGGCGGGCGACAGGAUGAGGCAGGCACCCCCCGGCGAGGGCUGGGUGCCCGCCUCCAACAGCUGCUUACUCCUUCCCGCCACUCCCCCACUUCCCGCAUUCCCCCACCUGAGCUGCCUCCUGACCUGCCACCCCCAGCCCGCCGCAGUCCCAUGGACAGCCUUCUGCACCCCCGGGAGCGUCCUGGAUCCACUGCCUCUGAGAGCUCGGCCUCUCUGGGCAGUGAGUGGGACCUCUCAGAAUCUUCUCUCAGCAACCUGAGUCUUCGCCGUUCCUCAGAGCGCCUCAGUGAUACCCCUGGAUCCUGCCAGUCACCUUCCCUGGAAAUUCUGCUGUCCAGCUGCUCCCUGUGCCGCGCCUGUGAUUCGCUGGUGUACGAUGAGGAAAUCAUGGCUGGCUGGGCACCUGAUGACUCUAACCUCAACACAACCUGCCCCUUCUGCGCCUGCCCCUUUGUGCCCCUGCUCAGUGUCCAGACCCUUGAUUCCCGCCCCAGGGUUCCCAGCCCCAAGCCUGCUGGUGCCAGUGGCAGCAGAGAUGCUCCUGUCCCUGGGGGUCCUGGUCCUGUGCUCAGUGACCGCAGGCUCUGCCUUGCUCUGGAUGAGCCCCAGCUCUGCAAUGGGCACAUGGGGGGAGCCUCCCGGCGGGUUGAGAGUGCGGCAUGGGCAUACCUGAGCCCCCUGGUGCUGCGUAAGGAGCUGGAGUCACUGGUAGAGAAUGAGGGCAGUGAGGUGCUGGCAUUGCCUGAGCUGCCCUCUGCCCACCCUAUCAUCUUCUGGAACCUUCUGUGGUAUUUCCAACGGUUACGCCUGCCCAGUAUUCUACCAGGCCUGGUGCUGGCCUCCUGUGAUGGGCCUUCACACCCCCAGGCCCCAUCUCCUUGGCUAACCCCUGAUCCAGCCUCUGUUCAGGUACGGCUGCUGUGGGAUGUACUGACCCCUGACCCCAAUAGCUGCCCACCUCUCUAUGUGCUCUGGAGGGUCCACAGCCAGAUCCCCCAGCGGGUGGUAUGGCCAGGCCCAGUACCCGCAUCCCUUAGUUUGGCAUUGUUGGAGUCGGUGCUGCGCCAUGUUGGACUCAAUGAAGUGCACAAGGCUGUGGGGCUCCUGCUGGAAACUCUAGGGCCCCCACCCACUGGCCUGCACCUGCAGAGGGGAAUCUACCGUGAGAUCUUAUUCCUGACAAUGGCUGCUCUGGGCAAGGACCAUGUGGACAUAGUGGCCUUCGAUAAGAAGUACAAGUCCGCCUUUAACAAGCUGGCCAGCAGCAUGGGCAAGGAGGAACUGAGGCAGCGGCGGGCACAGAUGCCCACUCCCAAGGCCAUUGACUGCCGAAAAUGUUUUGGAGCACCUCCAGAAUGCUAGAGACCCUUAAUCCUCCCUCUCCAGCCUGGGGUGGGGAAAUGAGGGAGAAGGGAUUCUAGAGUUAACCUGUGUCCCUGUUCCCUUCAUGGAGUUGGGAAUAGGCUGGGAAGCAUGCCCAGUCAAAGGCUCCAAUCGAGGACAGCAGGAAGAGGGACCCACUGUUACCAAAAGUCCUGAUUCCCCCGUCUCCAACCUACCCAGUUUGUUCAUGCUGAUGUUGGGGGAGAUCUAGGGGUGUUGGUACAGCUCUGUUCUUCCCUUGUCCUAUACCAGGAACUCCCCUCCAGGGUACCCACAGAUCUGCAUUGCCCUGGUCAUUUUAAAAGUUUUUGUUUUAAAAAACAACUGGAAAGAUGCAGAGCUACUGAGCCUUUGCCCUGAAUGGGAGGUAGGGAGCUCAUUCUCCACCAAUAAUGGUCCCUCUUCCCUGGCAUUGCUGAAGGAGCCCAAGGCUCUCCAUGCUUUUCUACCUGAGUGUUUGUAUUUUAUUUUAAGUUAUUUAUUUUGGAGCCACAGCCCCCUUGCUUAUGAGGUUCUUAUGGAGAGUGAGAAAGAGAAGGGAAAUAGGGCACCAUGGUCUGGUGGUUUGUAGUUCCAAAGUCAGGUAUUGGGAGCUAGAGGAGUCUCAAGCUCUCCUUAGGAAGAACUGGUGUCCCCUCCAGUCCAAAUUUUUCUUGCUCGCCCCACCUUGGGGAAUGCCUCACCCACCCAGGCCCUGACCUGUGCAAUAAGGAUUGUUCCCUGCGAAGUUUUGUUGGAUGUAAAUAUAGUAAAAGCUGCUUCUGUCUUUU